AUGGACACGAUUUUAGCAUAUACCGAAAGUAACCGUUCGACCCGAAACAUGAUUCCGAAUGGCAAGGCAGACAAUACAAGGCGACAGACAAAGACAUCCCCAAACGCAGGUGCUUUAUCUAGUUCGCAAGGUCUUGGACGCACAGAUUUCUUUUCUGAAAAUUUCUCGGAGACUUCGAUUCCUGAUCUCUAUUGGGAUGAUUUGGCCGAUGUACCCGUAUCGGAAGAUCCUAUGGCUCUUUUUAACUGGCACCAAUGGGGCGACACUGUCGAUGAACCAAUUUCUGCACCUUCCCCGAGCUUUGAGCUGUUGGGGAGUACCAAAGGGCACGAGGGCACCAAAGGGCACGAGGAUACUCGCUGCGAGGGCUUAGACACAGAUCCACAUCUUCAUGAUGAUACGCACUACUAUUGCAGUGCGAACAAUCUUUCAGGAGGUUGUAUUGUGUCAGCCUCGGCUGCUAUUACCGAGAAAACACCAUAUUUCGACCAUGUUCGCUCGUCUCUCUACUGUUGGGUACUAGAAAGCAUGAAAAAGUCUCAUGAGAAUGAAAACACUCGCAUUAUAGAAGCAUUGCAAGGGCUUCUGGCAGCGAACUCUCUAACAACCAACAACUGUUCUUCCAAAGAAUUGGACAUAAUAUCUGUUCUUACCGAUCUACGUUCUGAGCGUUCUUUUGGCAAAGAGCUUUUCCACAAGCGCAUCGAAGCUUGCUUUGCAGAACUGGAUAGCAAUAUUGGAAUCUUCCUAGACUUGGCAACCGUGGAUGCAUUAGUCGACCAGGUUCUUUUUUACCCUUUAGUCAGCAAUCCGACCUGUAUUGCUUUGUUUUUCUCAGUACUGGCUAUUGGCUCCCGGCGUCUGGAUCUCAGUCAUGGUACGGGCACAAUAAAAGGAGCAACUAUAGGCUUCUUCAGGAUAGCUCUACGCAUGAGACCUCAUCCAUAUGAUGAGACUAGUCUCUUGACAUUACAGACUUACUUCUCGUAUACCAUCGGUGCCAAUUCCACGUCUAGCUUGAUGGCUGACGCUACUUCGGGCCUCCAGACCCUUCGCCUACAUAGCUGUAGCGCGAUCGACAAGUUGUCUUCUGACUGCUUGGAACAAGCAAGAAUCAAGAGAGUCUUCUGGGCUAUCUACUCGAUGGAAAAGCCUUACUGCCUACAAGAAGGAUUGUUACCAUUGAUACACAGUGAAUAUGCGGACCACAAUAUUUCUGCAUCCCAGGGCUCUCCUUGUAAAGGGGACUGGCUCAAUGUAAACAUUCGUUACGCGGAGAUUUGCUCAGCGAUUCUACAACAACUCCACACCCAACGGCAAAGCAGGAAAAACUACUCGUGCUGCUUUAGAGGAGUAGAUUGCGAACACAACUCAGCCUCUGCCGUAAGCCGGCUUGAGGCGACACUCACGACGUGGAAAAAUGACUUUUUCUUCGAUUUUAGACUUGACAACUUAUCGGCGCUUCCAUGCGAUGAGAGGCGCCACAGGCUAACAUAUAUCAGCAAAUAUCAUUUUGCCGUCGUUGCCAUUCAUUCAUUACCAGAAACAGAAAACACAGACAUGAGUAAAGAAAGACGUUGCAAAUCAGCGCGCGAAAUAUUGAACAUGAGCGCACACAUAUCCUGGGCCGAUCUUUGUGACAACUGGUCACUUUGCUCCGUUACAUCUUUAGCGACUUGUAUUCUCGUAGCAGGAACAAUUGAAAAAGCUUCCGUUGUAAAGGCACAGAGAAACAUAGCAGCGACCACCGGCAUUAGAAGCAACGAGCAUUCUUACAAGAGCGGUAUUGAAACAGACAUAUCAUACAUAGUCCAGGCUGGUGUUACACGGGGUUUGGUGCUUAUACUCAGACUUGGGAACAAUCAAUUUGAUCGGCCGAUUGAUUCGCGAACGCCCAUCAAUGAUUAG